GAACGUCAAGCAUUUAGUCAUUAUUUUUUACGGUCCGAAACUAUUCUUUAAAAUAUUUAAAUAUUUGAUCAUAUCAUCAAUCAUUUUUUGUUGUAAUCUGCAUUCAAAAGCUGUGGUAUUUCCUAUAUAACAAUUUUUAUUUCAGUCAAGUGAUUUGCCGGACCAAGAGGAAGUAGCACAAAAAUGUCGAUGCGCCCAGAUGAUCACCGUCGAAAAUGGGACCGAAAGGAGUAUGAGCGUUUAGCUCAGGAGCGUAUUUUUGCCGAAACGAAAACACCCACCGAAGAUGAGCCCCUCACAAAGGAACUGCUCAAACAGCGCGAGUACAAGGUCGACCUGGACUCAAAGCUGGGCAAGAGCAUGGUUAUCAACAAGAGUACACCUUCCUCCCAGUCUGGCGGAUAUUAUUGCAAUGUGUGUGAUUGCGUGGUGAAGGAUUCCAUAAAUUUCCUGGACCAUAUAAACGGCAAGAAGCAUCAGCGGAAUCUUGGAAUGUCAAUGAAGGUCGAACGAAGCUCGCUGGACCAGGUCAAAGAACGAUUUAAAAUAAACAAAAAGAAAACCGAAGAGAAAAAGAAAGACUACGAACUGGAGAGUCGCGUAAAAGAGGCUAAGGAGGAGGAAGAACGCUAUCGGGAAUAUAAACGCGAAAAGAGAAAAGAACGCAAGCGAAAGAUCGAAGAGGUUGAUGAGUGCGAGGGUGGAGCUUCAGAGUUAGCCGCUGUUAUGGGAUUCGCUGGAUUCGGAGGGAGCAAAAAGAACUAAGCUUACUAGUAUUAACGUCGUUUAAGCAAACUAUUUUUACACCGAUAAGAUGGACGAACAAUCUGCAAACGUAGAACACUGAAAGAUCUAUUUAUAGAACUGGAACCUCAUAUAUUUUGAGUUCUCUGCUUCUUUUCCAGAACGUCUACGGCAUCUACGUUGGCCGGAAUUCUGGGAAUAUGGGCAGUUAAAUCCCUUAGUGUAUUCACUGAAACAGUAGAUGAUAUUGACUAGCCGACUCGUUAGAUGCAGCAUUGAAACAAACAAAUAGAGAAAUACAUUGCAGAACUCAUUCCAAUCAUAUUAAAG